AUGAACUCCACAAUCUGGAUUGUGGAUAGCUAUGAAGAAGCUCUGGCCAAGAACAUUGUGAUUGUUUGUCUUGGAUUUAUCAUUAAUGUCAUUAAUGGAAUGCUAGUGGUGACUUUCUUUUCCAAUCCAAUGUUUUCAAGAGACUCCAGAUACAUCUUAUACAUUCACCUAGUAAUCAAUGACAUGCUCAUGAUAUGCGUAUCAGUGAUUUUAUAUGUGUUGACCUACACUGCACCCCUUGUAAAUGCUUCAUUGUGUAGCAUAUUGUUGGUUCUUGGAACAACCACGUUCAUGAUCACUCCUUUAAAUCUGGCCGGUAUGGCCAUUGAACGAUUCAUUGCUAUCUGUAAACCACUGCAUCACUUACAGAUUUGCACACCACAAAGAACCUACAUCUUUAUAUGCUUGCUAUGGCUUGUAGGAGUUAUUCCUUCUCUGGCGGAUAUCAUUAUUUCAUUUUCAAUCCAACCUAUAUCUUUCUUCAGGUCUUCAGUACUUUGCUAUCCAGUCAGUUUCUUUCCUUCUAAAGCACACAAGGAUCGCACCACUGCUUCGCAGGUCAUCUAUAUGUCAUUGGUGUGGAUAAUUCUCAUUUACACAUACUGCAGAGUCCUGUUCACUGCCAAAAGGGCCAUUUCAAAAGGUUCAGUAAAUAAGGCUCGGAGUACGAUAUUGCUGCAUGGUAUCCAGUUACUGCUUUGUAUGCUCUCAUACAUUGCUCCUGUAUUGGAUAUGAUCGUUACUCCUUUUUUUCCUGUUCACAGAACAAAAAUCACUUUCUUUAAUUAUCUAAUAACAAAUAUACUGCCAAGAUUGCUCAGUCCUUUGAUUUAUGGAGUCCGAGACCAAAGGUUUCUAAAACAAUUGAAGGAAUACUUUACUUGUAGAGUUGUUAUUGUAAAGAUCCUGCCAUCAAAAUUAUGA